AUUAAUCCCAUCAACGUGCAGCAAUCACACGAUCGCACACAAGCCAGUCUCCCCUCACUUUUGCCGUCAAGUUUCAUCAGCCACAAUGUCAUCCGCCCUCAAACUGCCCAUCAACCUCGUGUUAGGUGUGGCGAACGUAAGCUUGCCCACGGCGUGAGAAGGAUCUACCCUGGCUCCAAAAAGCUGAUUUCCGCAGGUUGGAGAUUCAUCUGCCGACCCCAUGGCACGCUACGACACACCCGACCAAGUGAACGCUUUUCUCGAUGUCUUUGCUCGACGCGGGUACAACCAGCUUGAUACCUCGCGCAUGUACUCGCCCAAAGCGCCUACAAGCUCUGAACCCAGGCUCGGCGCAGCCAACGCGGGAGAGCGCUUCACGAUCGACACUAAGGUCACAUCCAGAUCGCCAGGGUGUCACACCAAGGACAAAAUCUUGAAAGAGAUUGACGAAUCCCUAAAGGCUCUAAAGAUCGAACAGAUCAACAUCGAGUAUCUGCACGUGCCGGACCGAACGACACCAUUUGAAGAGGCCUGUGAGGCGAUGAAUGAGGCGAUCCGACAGGGUAAGAUUAAGAAAUGGGGGAUCUCAAAUUACUCCGCUGCCGAGGUCCAGCGGUUUGUCGACAUUUGUCAGGAACGAGACCUCAUCAAGCCAAGUGCGUACCAGGGCCAUUACAAUCCGCUCGUGCGAGGAGGCGAGAAGGAUUUGUUCCCUGUCUUGCGCAAAAACGAUAUCGCUUUUUACGGAUACAGCCCCGCUGCGGCUGGGUUCUUUGCCGGUAACCACAAGAAGGUGAAAGCAGGUGGGCGAUAUGAUACAUCGAUUCCCGUUGGAAGCAUAUACGCAGGAAUGUACGUCAAAGAAUCGAUCAUUGCGGCGACGGAGAAGGCGCUCGAAGUUGCGUCUGAGCAUGGAAUCGGCGGCCAUGCCGCGGCGCUUCGGUGGACGGUGUAUCACAGUAUCCUCAGCAAGGAGCACGACGACUCGGUAAUCAUUGGAGCUUCGAGCCCGGAGCAGCUGGAGACCAAUCUCGACAUGAUCGAACAAGGACCGCUUCCAGAGGAUAUUGUGUCUGCUUUCGAAGCCUUGUACGGACAGCUUGUCGACAAAGUUCCGUACCACAUGUAGACUAUGUCGCCCCCAAGCAUUACGGAGUAGGGUAGCUUCAUUUGGAAUAGAGUCAACCGCUAAGCUCGAUGGAGUAGGAGUACACCUUGGCAAUGCUGACUGCUUACAUCAAGCCAUCAACUUCACCGCUGACAAAUAUCAGUGUUUACUUACCUACCUAUGAUCUGUCUCUUCUACAAGU